AUGAAAUGCGACUAUCUAUCUGCAUCCACAGAGGAGCAGACUUCCACGUCCCUAGGGGACGACGAGCGUCAAGGAAAACGAGUUCGACAAAACGAAGAAAGGAAGCCCGCCACAGACAUACCUACUCCGACGGCCUCUGAUAUGGAAUCAGACUAUGGCCAGACACCCUCUAGUCACAUCGAUCCCCUUUUGCGUAAUGCCUGUAUUCUCGAUAUCCAGAGCCUCGAACUCCUACACCACUACAUGUGUCACACGUCGAUAACCCUAGGAGACCCCCAAAUCUUUAGGGAUGUGAUUCCACCACUCGGCUUCAAGUACGAAUGCGUUAUGCGAAUGGUCCUAUCAAUUACCGCCCGACACCUCACCCGACUACGACCCGAUCAAGCGGGUUACUAUCAUCGUCUGGCAGAAGACUAUGCAGCGGCGGCAUUUCCAGAAGUGGCGGCCAUGCUCGCCCAGGUCAAUGACGACAAUUCGCAGGCCCUCUACUACGCUACAGUCCUAAUAAGUCUGUCAUCUUUUGCUACAGACCCAUCACCAGGGAAUAUUCUACUUGUCGCCGCCGAGGAGGACGAAGUAUCAUGGUGGGCGUUGAUGAGGGGAGUGAAGAUCGUGAUCAGCACGACAGGACUAAAAAAUAUCAGAAAGCAAUCAACGGCCGCUCUGCUUUGUGGUAGUUCUACAUGGAAUGAACCAAAAACUUCAGCUCUUAGCGUAACAUCGCUUGCACUGCAGUGGGAGAAGCCUCUGGCUGAGAUCGAAGAGCUUGUGGGCGAGGUGUAUGCCGCCGAAGACAGCAUUCAUCGGCCUGCUUUUACCCACUUGAAGGAAUGUUACAGGAAGCUAUUUACUGCAUCUGAUGAGCCAAAAUUCGACAACGAGCAGAUGCCUUCUAUCAUUUACGGCUGGCUAUAUGAGCUGACUGAAGACUUCGUAUUGUCUAUACAGAGAAGAGACCCUGUACCCCUGGUUCUGCUUGGGUACUAUGCUGUUCUGCUACAGCAAUUGGAACAUCACUGGUUCAUGGAGGGCUGGUCACUUCAGGUCAUGAAUGGCGUUUACGCGCUACUUGAGGAUGGUCACCGGCAUUUUCUUACCUGGCCAUUGGAACAGGUUGGGUCCAUCUGGUCAGGAUUAUGA